AUGAGAGUUUUCUGUGAAGGCAAUGGUAACAAGAAGAGUUGCCAAGGAUCACCCAUGGCAGCCCCCAUGAAGUCUCCCAUGGCAUCCUCCACGGCAGCCCCCAUGGUAGCAUCCAUAGCAUCAUCCCCAAUGGCAUCAAGGGGCAUGAGUGAGAAGCCUGCGCGGAGGGGGAUGCCAUACGUUCAGCAACUGUCAUCAUCUGUAUCGUCUGGGGCAGGCUUUGACACUCAUUACUACCAGAGCUUGUUGAGAGGCGGAGGACUUCUCUUUGCUGACCAGCAACUGAUGGAUAAUGAGAGGACAGCCAGAUUGGUGAGAGCUUAUGCUUCAGACGAUGGAUCAACCUUCCGGAUGGACUUCGCCCGGGCAAUGAUGAAGAUUUCUAACCUUAAUGUUCUCACUGGAUCUCAAGGUCAGGUCCGAUUGGAAUGCACUCUGCCAGUCUCUAGCUAG